AUGGCAGACAGUCGACAGCCAGAAGACGGUGCCCCCCAGUGGGACCCAUCAGGAGGGCAGGAAGCCGCGGGCACCCAUGGAGCCAAUGGCUACUCCUCCUCCGCCUACAGGACCUGUCAGCCCAGUGGGGCCCACAUGGCCACGGAAUCCUACUCUGCCAGGGAGAAUGGUAUCAAUGGGGAGUUAACUGGUGCCCCUGCUAUAACUGCAGAGCAAGUGUCAGCGCGGAUUGUGCAGGAAGUGACGGCAGAAGCAGUGGCGGUACUGAAGGGAGAGCAGGAGACUCAAAGGCUGCCAUCUGUUGAAGACACCACAAAUUUGCCUCCCUCUCCACCUCCCUCACCUGCUGCGGAGCACUUUGGUCCUCUGGAACAAGAUGUAGGGGAUGAGGAGGAGGCGGGCCCUCUCCGCCGCUUCCAAAAUUCUCGGGAGAGGUGCAAGUUCCUCGCCCCCUCCAUCUCAGUUUCCGUGCCCGAGGACGACCCCUACCACUCCGACGAGGAGUACUAUGAUCACCCAUUGUUCAGCCCAGAGUGGACGCACUCGGGCUCUCGCCCCACAGGGCAGGCCGUGGCCUUUAGACAGAUUGAAGAAGAAGAGACCAUGGAGGCUCUUACAGCUGAAUACGAGGAAGAGGUGGAAGAGGAGGAGGAUGAUGAGGAGGAGAGUGCAGAAGCAGCAGAGUCCGAGGAAGCUCUUGAUGAGCAGCAGUGGAGCGGGGAAGAGCCCGAGCUGGACAGCCCCCAUGCUGAGCCCUUAGAGCAGACAGAGGCCAUAGACGAGGCCCAGGAUCUAGACCUGGAGCUGGGCGAAGCAGCUAGUGCUGCUGCAGAAAGCUCUAUGGAGGGAGAGGAGGAGGAAGCAGAGGGUGGGGAGAGCCCUGAGACAGCUUUGAAGAUGGACUCAGACAAGCAGGGAAGCGAGAAAAGUGGUUCCAUGAGCCCAGACAGCAUUGGAUCGGAGAAACCCCCAGAGGAGUUGUUUGAGCCCCAGAUGCAAGGGUUCUUUGCUGGUGAACGAGUUGUACCAGAGAGCCCCACCAUGGAUAUGCCAUCAUUUGUUCCUCCGAAUGUUCAAACCCAAGCCAAAGAAUCUGCCAGAUCAGUCACACUUCAGCCUACAUACGGCGAGCCAAUCACAGUGUCAGAGAAACAGCCCUCAGUGGAGGUGGUGGAGAUCACUAGCAUCGGUGCUACCCCUGAUACGUCACUGGGAGACAAAGUUCAAGGAGGAGACUCAACAAGGGAUGCUAGAGAUAGAUCUGGAAUGUCAGCAUAUUUUGAAACAUCAGCCAUGGAGGUUGAUGAGGCUCCCCAAUGUAAAGGCGAGGGUUACUACGAAUUGAGCAGAUCUGGUGAAGAGAAGAGUACAGUUGAAGUCAGGCUUGAGGAGAUCAGCUACAGCACACUAGCUGAAUCUCAGGAUAAAGCCAACACUAAAGAAAGUACAGCAGGAGACCCUAGAGUGUUCACAGUUCCUGACAGGAGCAAUGAAUGCAGGCUUUCCCCGGGUAAACUGGCCUUAGAGCAGAGGAGUUACUCACUUAACAUUACUAUUGGAGCGAUGGAUCCGAGUGGUCAAGGCAAACCUAGGAACUUCUCCCCACUGGCCACGGAUAUCAUGUCAUACACUAGUGGAAGUCUAGAUGAGGCAGCAGACUACCUCCCAGUCACUACACCCUCUGUGGAUAAGCCUCCAUCCUUGCCUCCUCUGAUCCUGGAGACUGCGGCCUCCAUCACUUCAGAUUCCUCAUCUCCUCCAAGGACCACUGAAACUGUUUCAAAACCCAGCCCUGAACCGGAGUUGCCAGAAUCACCAGAGCCCCUUAAGAGCGCCUAUAAAAAUGGUGCAGUGAUGUCGCAAGACUUGCCUGAGAUGCUGGACCUUGCUGGUACCCGUUCCAGACUUGCAUCUGAAAACAACGAACCAGACAUUACCAGGAGAAAGUCAAUUCAAUCUGAUUUCCCAGCCUUCGCAGAUGACCCAUUGGCUAGCCUUGUUUCAGGGGAACAUAGUCCUGGGGCCAGAAAGAGUGAAAGCCAGCUGGAAGAGAUGGGCUAUUGUGUGUUCAGUGAAUAUUCAGGACCGAUGCCAUCACCUGCAGAUGUGUUGAGCCCUACAAACGCUUCUGCACAAGGGUUCACUCACUCCGUCCUGGAGGCGAAAGUGGCUGAGCAAGCCAGGAAAUUAGCAGUCAGAGAUACAUCUGUGGAGGACAAGAUCCAGCCAUCAGGAGUUGCUGAUGUCACUGAAGAGAGAGACCAGAGGCAAAUAGAGAGAAAAGAUUCUGCUACAGAGAAGGGCAAGGUUGCAGAUGAACAGUCGAAAAAAUCUGUUAGUGAGACGCCACUAGCUCAGCCAAGUGAAUCCUUUGUGACACCGACGGUAACUGUGACUCUAGAAGAAGGCGGGAGGUCAUUGAGUGACACCGAACAACAAGCGAGUGGCGAAGGCUCAGCAUCAGAAACCGAGAUUGCCGACUAUGAGCGGCAGAUCCGCAAAUUGGAGAUGGAAGACAGGCCCCUCAGUAUGGAGGAGGAAAGAGAACUGCAGGAGCUUCGGGAGAAAGUGAAGCUGGUCCAUCAGGAAGCCUACGAGGAAGUGGAUGCCGAAGAUGUGUACCAGCUGACCGGUGUGGCCAAGGACCGGAUUGCCAGGCCUGUCAAAACUUCACCUGCUUCGUCUGUGGAGAGCAACAUCGAUGAUGAUAAGCUGCUUUCUCCAGAGAAAGAAGCAAAAGAAAAGAUAGAAAUGGAACUGAAAGAGAAGGAAGAGAGAGAUAAAGUUGCUGGGAUGGACAAAAAGGUUGCAGACAAGCCUGAGGAGAUGGCAAGACAACCAGAGGAAAAAGCAUCUGCGAAACCUGUAGAGAAAGAAUCUGAAACAUCUGUGGAGGCUGAAAAGGGGCAGGAUGAAGGUGAGGAAGAGGUGUUAGAUAAGGCAGGGCCGGCUGUGGUAAAGGAGAUCCCCGAAACUCGAGCUGCCAUCGAAUCAGUGGUGACAGUUGAAGACGAUUUCAUCACUGUGGUCCAGACCAUUGAUGAAGCAGAAGAGCCGGGACACAGUGUUCGUUUCUCUGGUUCCCCUGAGGCUGAAGGCCUUUGUGUCGCUGCCCAGGAAGAGGAAGAGGAAGAGGAAGAAGAGGAGUCUGUGGAAUUGGCCCAAGAAGCAGACAUGGAGGCUGCAAGUCUUGAGGAGGUGGUAGAUGUUCCAGAGACUCCUGCCUCCCCUGAGAAGGACGCUCAAACCAUAGACACUGAUGCACCGACAGAGAGCUACGAUAGAGAUGAAACCACGAUGGACGACUCCAUCCUGGACAGCUCCUGGGUUGACACACAAGAUGAUGAUAAGAGUAUGGCGACCGAGCAGAUUGAGCCUUUGCCUAAGGUGCCCAGCUCAGUUAAAAAGCCUGCUGGUGUACAGAACAAGCAAACCCAACAAAAGAAGACAGAGAAACAAGAAAAGCCUGUCAAACCAAAGGCCAAGGGUGGGCGGCCUAAGGGCCGAAUCUCCACACCAGAACGCAAACCUGUCCGCAAAGAACCUGUCUACAUCCCCAGAGAGGAUAUCCAGAAGAAAAAAGCUGUGAUAAGGAAGGCCGAGCUUACCAAAAAAACGGAGACUCAGAGUCAAUCCCCAUCUAAGAGGACUGUGAUGAAACCAGCCAUCCGCCAGACCCGUCCCACCCAGCACCACUCCUGCCCCAGAAGGAGACCCACAGACGGUCGUCAGCCUCUAAGUGUUGCCAGAAAGUCUCGCGAUAGAGCUUCGGACGGUGGGUCAUGGAGCCCUGUAAAGCGGUCCUCUGUGCCACGACAUGCCUCCAUUCUGAAUCGCCGGGCACCACAUGACCAUGAGGAGAGCUCCACCUCUAUCACCAGCUCUGGCUCCACGGCUCCUCGCAGACCCACAUCAUUUCGCACAGAGAUGAGGGCAGAGCAUAGGACCGGACGGGCCCCUAGCAUGACAGGUAGAGAAUCAGUGCGCUCACGUUCGGCUCGCAGUGGCCACUCCACCCCCCGCAACUCUGGCUCCACAGCCAUCACCCCAGGAACCCCACCAAGCUACUCGUCGUCCUCAAGGACCCCUGGAACCCCACGCUCCCUCAGCUUGAUUUCCCAGGAGAGGAAGGUAGCCGUGGUCCGCACCCCACCCAAGUCCCCUGCAACCACACCCAAGCAGCUCCGCAUCAUCAACCAGCCACUGCCUGACUUCAAGAACAUCAGGUCCAAGAUCGGCUCCAUAGAGAAUAUCAAGUACCAGCCCAAAGGAGGACAGAUUCAUAUUUUUAACAAGAAGUUGGACUUCAUUCACGCACUGACAAAAUGCAGCUCCCAGGAUAAUCUGAAGCACUCUCCCCGUGGAGGCAAUGUGAUGAUUCAGAACAAGAAGAUUGACUUGAGCCACGUGACAUCCAAGUGUGGCUCUCUAGACAACAUCCAUCAUCGGCCAGGUAACAUUUAGGGCGGUAAUGUGCGUAUAGAGACUGUGAAGUUGGACUUCAAAGACAAAGCCCAAGCCAAGGUGGGUUCCCUGGAUAAUGCUCAGCACCCUCCUGGUGGAAACCGUGUCAUGAUUGAGAGCCAGAGGCUGAUUUUUCGCGAUCAAGCCAAGGCACGAGUGGACCACGGAGCUGAGAUCGUCCAGUCGCCAGGUCUGUCCAGCUUGGUGUCCCCCCAGCGCCAGCAGGACAGCAACCUAUCAUCCUCCGCUAGUCUCAACGUGCUGGAGUCGCCGCAGUUAGCGACCCUGGCUGAGGAUGUCACUGCAGCUCUGGCCAAGCAGGGUUUGUGA